ACUCGCAACGCUGGGCACAAGGCAAGCGAGUAGUGUGAUUUAACCACCGUUUUUCAUUCGGAUGGAGAGUUAGUUAUGGAGUAAAUACUGGACAAAAAGGAAAACUUUAACGGGCAAAAAUGUCAUCGAUUUUAGAAAGACCAGAGCUCGCCUCUCGGGGUGCCCGACCCGAAGAUGGAGUUUGUGAUAUGACAAUUAUCAGUGAUAUUGAUGAGAAAGGAAUUAACAUCAAUUUGCGGACCAGAUAUAAAAAGAACAAGAUUUAUACUUACACUGGGUCAAUUCUAGUGGCGGUGAAUCCUUACAAAGAGCUACCAAUAUAUGAACAGAAGGAUGUGUCCGAGUUCCAUGGGAAGAAGAUGAGCAUGGUGGAUCCUCAUAUUUUCUCUAUCAGUGAGGCCGCCUUUCAGAGUCUUCGUACCACAGAGGUCAACCAGUCCUGUAUCAUCAGUGGAGAGAGUGGGGCAGGAAAGACGGAGAGCACCAAGUUUAUCCUGCAGUAUCUGUGUAGUGUAACCAAUCAUGUGUCUUUUUGGGUAGAACAGCAAAUUCUGGAGGCUGUAAUGCCAAAACAGUGCGAAAUGACAACUCCAGUAGAUUUGGGAAAUUUAUGCAAGUGUGUUUUGAUGAUUCGUGCCAGAUUAAGGGUUGUAUAGUACAAGACUACUUGCUAGAACAGUCCCGUAUCACAUUCCAGUCACCAAACGAACGGAACUAUCAUGUGUUCUAUCAGUUUAUUGCCGCUGCUCAGGCGGCACCCGACCUCAAGGAACAGUUCCACAUACAACCGGUGGAAAGUUACGCCUACCUCAAUCAAAGUGGCUGCUAUGUUCUCAAUGGUGUCAAUGAUUUGACCAUGUUUGACCGGCUACGACUGGCCAUGAAUGUUCUCAACAUUCCCCAACAAAUGUCCGACGGGAUUUUCUCGGUGCUAUCUUCCAUCCUGUUGCUGGGUAACCUGCGGUUUGGGGAUGUAGUGGAGGGUGAAGGGAGCGAGGUGCUGGAGGAGGAUUCUGGGGUUCUUGCCACCAUCUGUGACAUGUUAGGCUUUCCUGCUGAGGACCUCACCAAAGCCUUGCUCUUCAGGCAGAUCCAGGUCCGCGGGACUGUCACCAGUAUACCCUUCAGGUUCCAGGAGGCAAGUGAGAACCGCCAUGCUAUGGCCAAGGCCCUGUACUCUCGUACCUUUGCCUGGCUGGUGGACGCCAUCAACAAGUGCACCAACCCAGGCCUUAACCAGUUUAAGUUCCUUGGCGUACUUGACAUCUUUGGAUUUGAAAACUUUCAGACAAACAGCUUUGAGCAGCUCUGCAUCAACUAUACAAACGAAAAACUCCAUAGAUUCUUCAACCACUACGUAUUUGCCUUGGAGCAGGAACUGUACAAGGAAGAGGACAUAUCUUUUGCACACAUCACCUUUACUGAUAACACAGACUGUGUGGAACUCCUGGAGAAACCUCCCAGGUGUAUACUCAAGAUUCUGGAUGAAGAAUGUAGAUUUCCUCAGGGUACAGACAAGUCAUACCUGUUGAAGCAGCAUGAGGCGUUUGAGAAUCAUUCGUGUUAUAUCAAGGGUAAGGACAGGCGGACGUGGGAGGUGGAGUUUGGGGUGCGACACUACGCAGGCGUAGUGCGGUACCGUGCCCAGGGCUUCCUCGACAAGAACAAGGACACACAGCAGGACCAGCUGUUUGAACUCAUGUACAACUCAAACAAUGCUUUUGUAGCGGAUCUCACAAGGUUUCAGGAUCUCCUGGGAGUUCGACUGGAAGAUCUUGGAGGUAGACAGACAAUAUCUCGUACAUCUCGAGGCAAGCCAACAGUUGGGGACACAUUCAAACACCAGUUGUCUGCCCUUGUGGACAUUCUCAAUCUCACCAACCCAUGGUAUGUCAGAUGCCUGAAGCCGAACGCUGGUAAAAAGCCUGACAAUUAUGUAGAUGAGGAGGUUCUUACACAGCUUAGCUACUCCGGCAUGUUGGAUAUCAUCCGCAUCAAAAGAGAGGGGUAUCCUGUCCAUGUUCCUGUGGCGACAUUUUUAGAAAAGUAUGGGUGUUUGCUGAAGAAGCAGGCCGAUCAGGAGGAUCCUCGCAUGCAGGUCAAGAACAUCCUCAAUGUACUGAACCUGCCCAGCACUGAGUGGCAGGUCGGCAACUCUCAGGUGUUCAUGAGAAACUCUGUGUUUGAGCCUUUGGAGGAGAGAAGGUUCCAAUUCUUACAGCUCAAUACCUUACUCAUCCAGAGUGUAUGGAGGGGAUAUGUCUGUCGUAGGGAUUACCUGCGGAAGAGAGAAGCUGUCCUUAUACUUCAAACAAACUUCAAAUGUUUCCGCUACAGGAUAGCCUUCCAGAGGAAGAGGCGUGCCAUCAUUUGUAUACAGAAAUAUGUCCGAGGAAUGUUUGCCCGAAAGGUGGCAAAGAAGUUGAAGGAACAGAAGCGCAUCGAAGAAGAACGGAAAAGACAAAAGCGACUUGAAGAGGAGCGAUUGGCACGUGAGAAAGAGGAAGCUGACAAAGAAAUCAUUGAACAAUCUCUUAGAGCCUCCCAGUCAGAGUUGGACUCCUUGACCAGUCUAAUAGGGUCUAUGUGGACACAUUUCAACCCACCAGUGUCACCGACAAAUCUCAACCUUGAUGAUAUGUUCAGCUUUCUCCAGGAGGAAAAACACGAAAACAACAAAGACUCCAAAGGAUCUACACAACAAGCCCUUGAUCAAAUCAACGAAGAGUUUGAGCUUCUUAACGACCUGCUAACAGAGGACAUGGAGAAGAAUGAGGAAGACAGGAAAAAACAGGAGACAGACAUUUUGGAGGACUUGGACCGCAUUGUAAAUGGUCAGGACCUGCCGCCACCUCCACCAGAGAUGCAAGAGUCCAUCUACGAAGAGCUGCCUCUCCCACCUUUUGAAGACUUACCUCCUCCACCAGCUAUGACAGACUCUGUAGGCCCCAUAAUUCCUCCACCUCCACCUAUCCCUGCACCUCUUCCCCCCUGCAGGACAUCUUCUCGCAGUUCCACAGGUCCCAUUUCUCCACGCUCACUUCCCCCAGAAAUUUCUAUCCCACCUCCGCCACCACUGGAGGAUGACUAUAUACCAGCCCAUCCUCCGCCACCCCCUGUGCCAUCAGGAGGGGGAGGUCCUCUGCCCCCUCCCCCACCUACAUGCCCACCACCCUCAUUACCCUUACAGACAUCACCACGCCCUCCUUCAUCACUGUCGAUUGCCACACCCACAUCAGAAACAUUUGAGUCCCUUUCUUCAUAUGAUGACAAUAUGUCAGAAAUUCUUGAAAUGCAAAAUGUUUUAUCACAAUUUGAAAAAGGUGUUGAUACACCCCCAAUCAAACGUCCUCCAAUACUACCCCCACCUCCCACAAUUCCUGCCCCACCUCCACCUCCAGAGGCAGUGACAGCCAGAGUGACCAAGCGUCCACCAUCUAUAGACCUUAAGACUGGACGCAAGUCAUCAGAACUUCCGCCAACAUAUGUAGAGGUCUUGUCACCAACAACCGAACGAAAACUUCAUCGUAUGUUGUCUGACAAAUCAGAAGAUGGUGCAGGUCCACCAUCACACCAUCCACAACAAAGAGUGCCACCUAUUGCCAGACAACUUCCUAAUGGGGAGAUUACUCCAACCACACCAGUCAAAGAAAAUGGCUUCUUAGCAGAGGAUUACUUCUAUGAUAUUCAGGAAUUUGCCAACAAGUAUUUCAAUGACCAUGUGAAGGAUGUAGGUGGUACCAUCAUGAAAAGUCUGCGCAAGAAGAGACAUUCAGCUGAAGAUCUGGUGAGUAAGGAGGAGAUGCUGUCCUUCCAUAAAACAGGGGUGAUUCCCACGUCACAUGUCCACCUCCAUGACCCAGAGAACAUUCACCAGGCCUGCCUGAUCUUCAAGGACAUCACAGAGUAUAUCAAGGAUGAGAUUAAGGACACCAAUGCGCUGACCGUUGUCCAGAACAUGAUCAAAGCUGGUUUGGAGAGGAUAGAACUUCGGGACGAGAUUCUGUGUCAGAUCAUCAGACAGAUAAACCAGAACCCAGACAGAGGCUGGCUCAUACAGGCCUGGGUGUUAUUAUGUCUGAGUACAGCCGCAUUCUCUCCCAGUAAAACACUCCACAAGUACAUCCUGUGUUACGUGAAGAGGAUCUGUAGUGACAGUAUAGUGGGGAAGUUCGCUCUACAAUGUCACAGACAUCUGACUGUACCCCGAGCCAUGGCCCGCAAGUUCCCACCGUCGACGGCAGAAAUCAUGAGUGUACAGAACCUGAGUCCCCUGGUAUGUAAGGUUUAUUUUAUGGAUGGGAAGACGAAGGGCAUCACCAUCAUGCCUUGCGACACAACUCUGGAGGUGUUGGAUAACGUGGCAAGGAAGAUCGGUUUGCGAGCCGUGGAGGGUUGGGCCUUGUAUGAGGUAACCAGUGACUAUGAGAGGUACAUCAAGGGCUAUGAAUAUAUAGCAGAUGUCCUGGCUCAAUGGGAAAUACAUGAAAGAAUGUCCUCUAUCCCUAAGAAGUAUGAAACUAUGUCUAAGAAAGGACCAAAAAUGGCAAUAGGAGGCUCUGAUGCCAGGUUGGUGUUCCGCAAACGUGUUUACAAGCAUAUCCAUGACAUUCCAAACGACCCUGUGGAGUACCGCCUGCUGUAUGCAGAAGCUGUCAACAAAGUGAUACGGGACGAGUUCCCUGUGUCAGACAAGGUGGCCCUACAGCUGGCAGGCCUUCAGGCCCAGGUGGUGUGUGGGGAGUAUGAGGAGGGCAAGGACUCCAGGUAUUUGGAGGUAGAGCAGUACCUGUGUGAGAGAAUCCUUAACUUACCUGGGCGUGACUGGUGCGAGGAGGUGGCCGCUGCACACAGACACUUCGGGCGAGGCAAGACAGAGCUGGAAGCCCAGGUGUGGUACAUCACCUGCGUCAAACAGUUCCCGCUCUACGGCUGUACGCUCUUCCCCAUCGUACACAAGGGACUCUGGUCACACACAAGCGAUUCCAUCCUCGCGAUCAACAUGGAUGGUAUCAAGUUCGUCAAGGCCAAGGACAAAUCAGUCAUUCACGCAUUUAAAUACUCUGACAUUGAAACCAUCAUCAUCGACCCCAAUGACAAUUACAUCACGUUAGAACUAAAGAGUGCUAUCGAGGGGGAAUGCCAACAAAGGUGUUUUGUGUUUGAGACCAAUCAAAAGGAAGACAUCGGUCACCUGAUUGCAAGUUAUUCUCCAAACCAUGCAUCUUGGCUUAGGCCAGAGUACGAGAGCUUGAAAAGGUCUAAGCUGACAGACGAGGAGAAGCUGAAGCUGUAUGAGGAGUUAGUGCGGUGUAGACGACAGCUGUUUGACAGCCGACUGUUACACCGUCCCAUGCAUUCCAGUAGUACUGGCUUCCUUAGACAGUCCAUCAGGAAGCUGACCAAGUCUAAACUGGACCGUCUGAAGAGUUCCUCCAUGUCGAAUCACUUUGAUGUGAGCUACUGGUCAUACAAUAAGACAGCACCAAAACAGCCACUCACAGUGAUCACUGAGCCUGUCAUAGAGGAGCUAGCCGUCAAAAUGUUUAACUCUAUCCUUAUCUUCUCCGGCCUGGAGGAGACCGAAAAAGAAGAAAAGCCAGACUACUAUGGGAUGGUACAGAGAUUGAUGCAAAAAUGCCUAGAAAAUGACCAGUUAUGUAAUGAAUUUUUCCUGCAGCUGGUGAAACAGACUACAGAUCAUCCAGGCAAAGGGUAUGAUCGGUACAAAGUUGUUACUCCUGUUGAUCCAAACAGUCAGGUGAAUCGGAGAAAUUGGCAACUGAUGGUCGUCACUGUAAGUACAGUGUUCCCAACCAACAAUCGUGUACAGAAGUAUGUGCAGUGUCACCUACGCAAAUGUUCCCUGGACUCCACGACAGACGAGGGUCGCUAUGCCAGGUUCUGUUACAAGUGUUUGACCAGGACGAUGGAGAAGAAAAGAAGAAAGUUCCCUCCCUCUAGGAAGGAGAUACACUCUCUAACAGAGAGGCGACCAGUUCAUGAGAGAGUAUACUUUAUGAAUGGGGAGCACCGGAGUGUAGAAUUUGAUUCUGCUUCAACGUGUAGCGAGUUGAUAAAAGUAGUCAAAGCCAAAAUAGGAAUGCGGUCUGAUGCCGAGUGUUUCUCACUUUACGAGUAUGUAGGAGGUUCUGAGAGGAACAUGUAUCCUGAGGAACGACUAUCGGACAUGCUCAGUAAGUGGGAGAGGUUGGCCCACAGCACCAACAUCAGGGACUUCCGGAUAGUAUUCAAGAAACGCCUGUACAUAGACCCAUACAUCAACCCACUGGACCCAGUCGAGUGUGACCUUGUCUUCCAUCAGCUCAUAGAGGACAUGUUUGAACACAGGCUUCCGUUAUCCUCUAUAGACGCUGUCCAGUUAUGUGCCUUGAAAAUUCAGUCAGAAAUGGAUGACAUGAAGUGCGCUGAAAUUGACUACAGUUCGGUGAUCCGUAUCCUGCCGCGAGACAUGCGUACCGAGGUGAAGGUCGAGGACAUCGCAGUGGCACACAAGGCAGUGAUGAACAUGACACCAGGCCAAGCUAUGCUCGCUUUUAUUGAACUACUCAAGUCCUGGCCACUGUUUGGAGCCACCAUCUUCCAAGUAUUUCAAAAUUACACCUCCUCCUUGCCAAAGAACAUGCUGCUGGCUGUCCAUCAACAGGGGAUCCAUAUAUUGGAGAUCAUCAGUUUUAAACUGAUUGCAUCGUACGAGUUCUCAGAAGUAGUCCAUUCUAGUCCUGCAAUGAAGAGUAUCAUGAUCAUUGUCGGCCACGUUGCCAAGGGCAACAAAUAUAUGUUUAGUACCAAUCAGGCAUUUGAAAUUGCACAUCUUAUUAAGGAUUAUAUUGAGGAGCUACAGGCAAGAUUCCUUAUUUUACCUCGCCAACCAGAGAACCCAUUACACGACAUGAAUAGGAUGUCAGCCGUCUUCUUUGAUGACUCACCUACACAGAUCAUACAAACUCUUGUAUGAUAGGAGCUUUUACAUGGAUCAUACAAACAUUUGUAUGAUACAAUCUUUUACAAAGAUCAAACUGACACUUGUAUGAUGGGAUCUUUUGCACUGGACUUAAAAAUUGUGUAUGAAAGGACUUCCAAUGUAGAUCUAGCAGAUACGUGUAUGUCUUGGGAUCGUGUGCAGGGCUCAUAAAAAAAUCUGUUAUUUCUAAGGAUCAAUCUCUUUUAUGAUAGAAAGGGACCUGAUACUACAUUACAGAGAUUGCUGGGUAGAAUCACAUGGACAUGGGAUCUAGCAGGAAGAUGUUGACCUUGUACCGACUGUUAGGUAUAGAAACAAGGUCAUCAAAUUCUUGUGUGCAAUACAAAAUGGAUUUCAGAUAUAGUGUAAUUUGUAAGAUGUUGUAUGACAAAAAAGAAGAUGGCAUAGUCUUGUAUGAAAGGAAAGGAAUCUUAGAUCUGUGUAUGACAAGAUGACGAGAGUACAAUCUCUGUUUCCUGUUCAGAAGGAUUGUGGGUGAUAAAUUGUGCAAUAGUUUGAUCAAAUGGCAGAAUCUCUGUUUGUGAUAGGAUGACGUGAUCUGGGACCAAAGGGAGACAACCAUCUGCUGUUUACCCAGAUUUGUGUGAUAAAUCAAAGACAGUAUGAGGAUUAAAUGAGAAAUAUGCUGAAAGCUUCUCAAGUAAAAAGUGUGAUACAUGUAUGUUCUGUGUAUGUAUCUGUAGGACACCCAGAGCUGGGCCUGUGGAUGUAUCUGUAGGACGCCCAGAGCUGGGCCUGUGGAUGUAUCUGUAGGACACCCAGAGCUGGGCCUGUGGAUGUAUCUGUAGGACGCCCAGAGCUGGGCCUGUGUAUGUGUAAUUUGUGAUAUAUGACAUACAAAGUGUCUGUGGAGCAGGGAACAACGGAUAUGCAAUGACAUUAAGUAACUCCACCCUUAUGCAAUAUGUAAAGACACUCCCACCUAAGAUAGUACUGUUUGCUUCCAUAUAGUGGUUGUAGUGUCUAAUACUUAGCCAUGGGAUCGUGUAAACUAUUUGUCUGAUGGAUUGAGCUUCUGGUUAGGUAUUGUAGUGUAACAGAAUAACUAUCGUCGUACUAGUAUCAAAAUAUUCAGUGUUGCCAAAUUAAUCUCAAUUAGUGCAAUCAUAUUUUAGAUCAUGUAUCACUGUAAUCUUAAGGCGUAAUAUCAAAGUGUCAAUUAAAUCUUACCAUGUUAUUCUUCCAUUCAAUGCUCAAUUUGAAUUUGCCAAUAUACAACCACAAUCAAAUUACAAAUGUAUUCAUGUAAUAAGAUAUUCUUAAUUUCAUUUACAAAUUAUUUAAACUCUAAGAUAAAAAGAAAAUCAAUUGUAUCAUGUAUUUGAUCUAUUUUGUGACUAGCUGUAUCUAUUUUUAGACUUAAACUACAUUGUAUAUGGGAAAAAAUGGCAAAAUGAAAAUUUAAAUCAGUGAAACAUCAAUAUGGCGACAUUUACAAUCAAAAUUUGGCACAACUUUGUAUAUUUUUUAUGUUAAUUAUGGAAUUGUUCAUCCCCAAAAACAAUGUGAUCAAUUGAAGAGUAAAAAUUGAAACAUGUUAACCAGUAUCCUUACUGUGCUAGAAAUGUGUCUCAAAUGUGUCUCAAGUUUCAAAAUCUGUAUGGACAUAGCGUUCUUUUUAGCAUGAACCCAAGGAAUACACUGUUUUAUUGGUGCCACAUGGUUCUCUUGAACUACAGCGCUCAGUUUGAUUUUGAUAAUGUUGCUGUAGGCAACAGCCAUCCAAGUUUGUUGAUUUCCUAUGAUACUUUGUGAACCAGAAAGCUGGAUUUAUAGGCCUCAGCAGGACUGACUGAGACAGGGUAUUGCGCCAGACCAUUUGUUGCAUACUCACCUAGUCAUUGACAGUUUGUUUUAAUAACCGUAUUUAUUUGGUUAACAAAUAAACCAGCAAUAUAAUGUGUAUUUUAGAUGAGUAACUUUUCAGGCAGACCUUAUUUUUCAAAGUGACCCUUUUUUCUGUACUUGAAUUUGUCAAAAUCAAUAUUGUGUGAAAGAUCAUUUAUCUACAUUAUCCAAAUUAUGGUUCAGUUUAGAGGGGUUCAUUCACUAGUCAACAGUUACUCAAGAUCAAAAACAUUCAAUGAGCAGUUUAUUUUAUCAUUUUGUUAAGUAACCCAAUUUUGUUCCCUUAUGUACUGUAUACCGGGAAAUUUUCACCCACUCUCCUUCAGCCUGUAAAGUCCACUCUUCCUUAGCCUGUAAAGUCCACUCUCCCUUAGCCUUUAAAGUCCACUCUCCCUUAGUCGGUAAAGUCCACUCUCCCUUAGCCUGUAAAGUCCACUCUCCCUUAGCCUGUAAAGCCCACUCUACCUUAGCAUGUAAAGUCCACUCUCCCUUAGCCUGUAAAGUCCACUCUCCCUUAGCCUGUAAAGUCCACUCUUCCUUAGCCUGUAAAGCCCACUCUCCCUUAGCCUGUUAAGCCCACUCUCCCUUAGCCUGUUAAGCCCACUCUCCUUUAGCCUGUAAAGUCCACCCUCCCAUAGCCUGUAAAGUCCACUCUCCCUUAGCCUGUAAAGUCCACAUUUGACCAAUUUAACUUCACCCUUCACAUUUGAUUACUAUUAACAUAGUGUUGUUUUUGUCCUCAGUACACACGGGGGGAAGCGAAAGUUAAACAGCAGUGAACAUUUCCCAUUAUAUAGUAUGUAGUCACAGUACAUUUUGUAAGGUAUCUGUCUCACUUAUCCUUUUAUGUUUUAAAUUUUUAUAUUGACAAAUAUUUUACUUUGAUAAUUUCACUCAGUAUUGUUGACACAUUAUCAAUAGAUUUAUGCCCGUACAAAUCUGUUCACAUGGACUUCGUAUAUGGGUACAUAUUGGCUGUAAUUCAAUACCACAGUAUGUUGGGUAAAUCGUCUGUAUUGGUGACUUUUCAUCAGUGUUCCAUCGCCCGAGUGACAUUACACCCCAGUGUAACUGUAAUGAACUCGGCACUGUCCUUAAUUCUUGUCGCCCAGAUCUGGUUAUCUGGUUCUAAUACUGUGAAGUUUGGUGUUAAGUGGGAGUAUUUGUAGUAUGUGAGUGGUUGAAAGGUGGACCUAUAUAUAUUAUGUAGCUACUCUAUUUGAAAGUUCCAUUUUAUGAGUGGCUUUAAAGAAUCUCUCAGUGGAUGGCUUUUAAAGAUCUUAUGUAUUGGUAAGAUGUUUCAAGAGUCAUGAGUGACUGAAAUACACUGGAGGUGUUGACUUGUGAAUGAAUACCAUGAAAAUAUAGCUACAACACAUUAUGCAUAAUUUGAGACCAAAGCUGGCUUUUGUUCUUUCUUAUUAUGAAAAGUAUUAAUUUUAAUAUGCUGUAACAGAGAUCAAAGGACAUAAUUAUAAAUACAAUGUCACCAAGCGACAUUUCCCUGAAAUAAAUUACAUUUCUACAUUUUCAUUGAAUUUAUUUGUUCUUAGAUAUUGACUGAUUGGUCAAUUUUAUGACAAGCAGAUUUUUUUUAAGAUGUUUACAUAUAAGUACCAUUACGUUUUCUUUAAAAAUGUGCAAUAACAUGACUCCUACUUUUCUGUAGUGUAUGGUUACAAGGUGUAGAUGUGAUUGAUGUCAUAAGUAUCACUCUUUAUUGUACCUAAUAAUAUAUGCUACAUUAGUUAUGCUUAUGAUUUGUAGUGAGAGUUAUCUCCCCUUACAUUUACCAAGCAUUAUGUACAUGUACAGUGUGAUAUUUCAGAAUUUGUUACCAAACACGUAUAAUUGACCAAUCUCAAAUAAUCAUUCAUGAAAGAGGUUUUUUUCUUUUUGACAGGAGAUCUGAUGUAGGAACAAAUAUCCUUAACUGAAUGAUUGAGUGCAACAGACUUUAGUUACAAGUUACUGAAGUAAGAUAGUAAGGUUUUAAAAGAGAGAUGUGUAGAAUUCACUGGUGUUUAAAGAGAGGUGUGUUAUUUGACCAAGGUGUGACCGAGGUGUCACACAAGCUGAGCUAUAUUUAUAUAACUGUUUUAUAUAUAUAUAUAUCGUUUACAUAACUUAUGCAUUUGAUGAGAGGCGGAUGUUGAGAGAAUCUGUUUACAUAACUUAUGCAUUAGGUGAGAGGCUGAUAUUGAAUCUGUUUGCAUAACUUGUAGUUGAUGAGAGAGGGAUGUUGAAACUGUUUUGUAUAAUAGAGGUAACCUCUGUAAAUAAAGAUCUAUUAUUAUUACUAUUUGUUGUAGUGCCAAAUAUCAUGGAGAAAAUGACAUUCAUUCACUAACCGUAUAGUUGCCUUAUUUAAUGGAUGUUUAGAAAGUGGACAUUGCUUUGAGAUAUAAAAUAUAUGUAACCAAAUAA